CUUGUACAUAGCUUCUGAAGUUCAAGAUAUAACCCCUCUUACACUCCUGAACAUCAAGUCAGGAGCUCUCUAACAAGAAGUACUGAAGUUAUGACGUGCUCCUUGUCAAUAGGUAAGGAUCCUAGUCAGGUAUAAUUAAAAAUCGAAGCUUCAGUCCAAGAAUAUAAGCGACGCGGUAGUGGCGCGGGAAAGUUCUUCGGCAAGGCAUCGGCUUUGAGAAGCAAUCCCGCAAACCUUGUUUUCCAAACUGUGCAGCUCGUCGGAACGAUGCAGCUGAGUCCAGCAUACCCUUUCCCUUUCCACCAACUACAACCGCAAUCCUCUGACUAUGAACUCAAACGACGCUAUCUCGCUCUGCUAUCACCUCAGCAAAUCAUUGAAAUUUGCCUAAUAUUCGAUGUCCAUGUACCCCCUUACAUCAAAACUACGAUAUGGCCUGUCGAUCUGAAUGCUGCGAUUGGCUCUAUGCAACGACGCGAAAGCUCUCAACAAGAAACAAACGGAUCGACUUCGCAACCACCUAAUGACGAGAAAAAGGAUCCACUUCCAAUCAUGGACUCUUUAUUAGGCCCUCUUGAUGAGAAAAAUGGAGCAGAGAGAACUCAGAGAUCUACACCUGUGAACCCAAAGCCACCGCAGCCAGAGCCUCCUGCGCCAGAAAAGUCACCACCACCGCCUCGACCGGCAAAUUAUACACCCUCAGAAACGGCUCCUACUACCCCACCACCUUACCCUUCACCAGUUUUACCUGCUCCCACAACACCCGCACCUUCCUUACCGGCAGCACCACAACCACAACCUGCAGCGUCUGCCCCCCCUCGACCCCCACAAUCGGGCUAUAAUCAUCAGCCUUAUGGUUUCGCUGGUCAAUCACCUUACCAAUUUGCAUCAUAUUAUCCUCAGCAAUGGGGUGCAUAUCCCCACAUACGCUACCCCUUUUCUUCCGGCGUAUCUUUUCCAGCUCCUCACCUACAGGGUUUCCCCCCUUCAGUAGCAUCUCCUGUAACAAAAGCACCAGUGGUUUCUCUACCACCCGUACCCGUGGCUGACGCGAAUGCAGAUGAUCUUCCAAGCUAUGAGGAUAUGAUUGUAGAAAUUCUCAGUGGUCUCGGUGAGGAGUCUGAAGGCCUUGCUCCAAAGGAUCUCUGGACGUGGAUGGCCUCGCGGUACCCAGUCCAAUCGAAUUUUCGACCGUCGGCGGGUCAAGCUUUACAAAAGGCUUUCAAGAAAGGAAGAUUUGAGAAGAGCGAAAGCGGGAGAUACAGGCUUAAUCCAGACUGGAAAACAGAAGGUGCCCCACGGAAGGGAACACGUCGACCUCAAGUUCAAAGUGGACGUGGCACAUCUCAAGGACGACCGCCUCCGUUCACGAAUACCCCACUUUUGCGAGGAAGUCCUGCACCAUCAACUUUCACCAACACUAGUAGUACCAAUGAUCGGCCACAGCAGAUGUUUGGUUAUAGCAAUUAUACUCCUCCAUCUGCAGCGCGGACCGGACCUCCUGCAUCAGGACCACAAUCGAGUGCGAGUGGGCCUGCGCUGGAGGAAGGGACCGGAGAUGUGGGUGAUGUGUUUGAGGCGGCUCAACACAUCUUGAAAGCGAUCAAUUUCGGUGGAUUGCUAGAAGUGAACGAUGAAACGGAAACUACCUCUGUAGCUAAUACGGACGUGGCGGUUGAUACAAGCUCGUCGUUACAAGGUGGUGACCGAGAUGAAAACGUUCGUGGGGAACUUCAAGCUCAGUUGGCCCUACUUGUCGUUCAGCUUGGUGAGAUUUUGCAGGAGGAUCUAGUCGGAGAUGAGAGGGAGGGAGAGAUCCACGGUGACAAUAAAACAGAGUUGUCUCGUAAUGGCGUGCAGACCGUCGAGGGAACCGAGGGGAAACCAGAUAUAGAAAUGGAAGACUGUGAUUCGGAUGCAGACAUGGAAUUUGUGAUUGUAUAAAUCGUCGCUGUCCAUCGGAGUAGUUACCUAUAUUUAAUUUAAUAUUAAUGCAAGCCCACA